UUUUCUUUGCUUCUGCAGGGCAGCCAGCCAGUGCUCUCCGUCUUUCCAAACGGGCAGCACGCAAAACUUGCUCUCAGCCGCGGAACUGUCUGUCGGAUCUCAAACCAGAAGCAAUGACUACGCUGAAUCAACACUACGAGGAGAAGGUGCGACCCUGCAUCGACCUGAUCGACUCCCUGCGCUCUCUGGGGGUGGAGAAGGACCUGGCGCUGCCUGCCAUAGCCGUGAUAGGGGACCAGAGCUCCGGGAAGAGUUCGGUGCUGGAGGCGCUGUCCGGGGUGGCGCUGCCGAGAGGAAGCGGCAUCGUCACAAGAUGUCCUCUCGAGCUGAAGAUGAAGAGAAGGAAAGAAGGCCAGGAUUGGUAUGGAAAGAUUAGUUACCAAGAAUUUGAGGAGGAGCUAAAUGAUCCUGCAGUUGUGGAGAAAAAAAUUAGAGAAGCACAGGAUGAAAUGGCCGGAGUCGGAGUGGGGAUUUGCGAUGACCUCAUCACUCUGGAAAUUGCUUCCCCGGAAGUGCCGGACCUGACUCUCAUCGACCUUCCUGGCAUCGCCAGGGUGGCUGUAAAGGGACAACCAGAAAACAUCGGUGAUCAGAUAAAGCGACUCAUCGAAAAGUUUAUUAGAAAACAAGAAACCAUCAGUUUGGUGGUGGUUCCAUCCAAUGUGGACAUCGCGACCACAGAGGCUUUGAAGAUGGCUCAACAGGUUGAUCCUGAUGGAGAGAGGACUCUGGGUAUUUUGACCAAACCUGACUUGGUGGACAAAGGCACGGAAGAGACAGUGGUGGAAAUAGUCAACAACGAAGUCAUCCAGCUGAAGAAAGGCUACAUGAUCGUCAAAUGCAGAGGCCAGAAGGAGAUCACAGAGAAGGUGUCUCUGUCUGAAGCCAUUGAGAGAGAGAAAGACUUCUUUAAAAAUCACCCCUAUUUCCACACUUUGUACAACAAAGAACUUGCAACCAUUCCCGUUCUGGCGGAGAAACUUACUCUAGAGCUGGUGCAUCACAUCGAGAAAUCUCUCCCAAGACUGGAAGAGCAGAUAGACGAGAAGCUGAAGCAGACUCAGAUGGAGCUCGACCGGUACGGUAACGGACCUCCAUCCGACGCGGCGGAGAGACUCGUCUUCCUGAUCGACAAAGUGACGGCGUUCACCCAGGAUGCCAUCAGUCUGACCACAGGGGAGGAGCUGAAGUGCGGGGAGAGACUCAACGUCUUCACUGUGCUCAGGAGAGAGUUUGGGAAGUGGAAGGCGCACCUGGACAACUCAGGGGAAAAUUUUAACAGAAAAAUUGAAAGAGAGGUGGAGGAAUAUGAGGAGCGGUACCGUGGAAGAGAGCUACCAGGCUUCAUCAACUACAAGACCUUCGAGGUGAUGGUGAAGGAGCAGAUCAGACAGCUGGAAGAACCAGCCAUCAGGAAGCUGAAGGAUGUCGGAGAUGCUAUCAAGAAAACCUUCACGCAGCUGGCCCAAACCAGCUUCACAGGAUUCCCCAAUCUUUUGAAAACAACCAAGGCAAAGAUUGAGGCCAUUAAGCAGCUAAAGGAAUCCUCUGCUGAACUGAUGUUGAGGACCCAGUUUCAGAUGGAGCUGCUGGUUUACUCCCAGGAUAAGACCUACAGUAACAGUCUGAGUGAGAGCAAGAGUGAAGAGGAGGAAGAGAACUACCCCAUCAAAACCAAACUACCCACCCUUUCAUCAAGGAGCACGGUGUUCUGCAUGGACAAUCACGCAACACUUCAAGAGCUGAUGGUGCAUCUAAAAUCAUACUACAAAAUUGCCGGAAUGCGUCUGGCCGACCAGGUCCCCCUGGUGAUCCGCUACGAGAUGCUGCAACAGUCUGCCAUCCAGCUACAGAGGGAAAUGCUGCAGAUGCUUCAGGACAAGGAAAAUGUGGACUUCCUACUGAAGGAGGACUACGAUAUCGGCAACAAGAGGGAUGCAUUGCAGAGUCGCACGAAGCGCCUCAUGGAGGCCCGCAGAUACCUGGCGGAGUUCUAGGAGGAGCAGCACAAUCCAGGAGGAUCUUUAGCUGUAAUUUUCUUCACUGCAAGUUUUGCAGUGCAUAGUACUGAAGAACCUAAAUCUGUUUAUGAAGUGGUUUGCUAAAUAUGUUCCAAAAUAACCAGAAGGCAUUACAAAUGUUUAUUUUUUUCUAGUAUACAUUUUCUUAACAGAAUUCUGUCUUAAGAAUAAAUUUAAAGAAAGCUUUGAACAAUUUAAA